AUGGUGGUAGCAGCAGUGGCAGAGCUUUGGAAGCACAAUGAAGAGAUCGUUACCCUUUUGAAGAACAACUACGACCUCCUGAUUGCAGCUUUCCUAGCCGUAGCUGCAACUUUCCUCGUGUCAAAAUCCUGGAGCAAAGGCGGCGCCCGGAGUAUCGACGUCCCAGGCCGCCUCGGUCUGCCGUUCAUCGGCGAAACCUUGGCCUUCCUGUCGGCCACCAACAGCUUCAAGGGGUGUUACGAGUUUGUCAACCUCAGACGGUCAAGGUAUGGGAAGUGGUUCAAGACGAGGCUGUUCGGGAAGAUCCACGUGUUCGUCCCGACGACAGAGGGAGCCAGGAAGAUAUUCACCAACGACUUCUCCUACUUCAACAAAGGUUACGUGAAAUCCAUGGCCGACUGCGUAGGACCAAAGAGCUUGCUCUCUGUUCCUCACGAGAGCCACAAGAGGAUCAGGCGCCUGCUCUCCGACCCUUUCUCCAUGCCUUCCCUCGCCACCUUCGUCGUCAAGUUCGACCAGCUGCUCUCCCAGAGGCUCGCGAGGCUGGCGCGAAAUGGGGACAGCUUCAAGGUCCUCGAGUUCAGUAUGCAGAUGACUUUUGAUGCGAUGUGUAGCAUGCUGAUGAGCGUUACGGAGGAAUCCUUGCUGCGAGAGAUUGAGAAGGAUUGUACUGCUGUUUCGGAAGCGAUGUUGUCUCUACCAGUCAUGAUUCCAGGAAGCAGAUACUAUAGAGGAAUCAAGGCGAGAGAAAGGGUGAUGGAGAGAUUCAGCGGGAUGAUUGAGAGGAGACGGAGUGGAGUGGAGAGUCAUGAAGAUUUCUUGCAAUCCAUGUUGGCCAAGGAUUCUUACCCGUCUACCGAAAAGCUGGAGGAUGCGGAGAUAAUGGAUAAUCUGCUGACGCUGAUAAUUGCAGGGCAGACAACAACUGCUGCUGCCAUGAUGUGGAGUGUCAAGUUCCUGAAUGACAACAGAGAUGCUCAGGACCGCCUCAGGGAAGAACAGUUGGCUAUCACCAGGAAGAAAGCAGAUGACUAUGUCCUCAGCCUGGAAGACAUCAACAGCAUGUCCUAUGGUCUGAAGGUCGUGAAAGAGACGCUGAGAAUGUCAAAUGUCCUGCUGUGGUUUCCCAGGGUUGCUCUGAAUGACUGCACAGUCGAUGGCAAGUUUUUCCCGCUCGAUUACCGAAUUGAGAUCAAGAAAGGAUGGCAUGUAAACAUAGACGCGACAUGCAUUCAUUACGACCCAGUUUUGUACAAGGAUCCUCUGCAGUUCAACCCUUCCAGAUUUGAAGAAAUGCAGAAGUCAUACAGUUUCAUACCAUUCGGGUCAGGACCUCGAACAUGUUUGGGAAUGAACAUGGCCAAGGUGACACUCAUGGUGUUCCUCCAUCGCUUAGCCGGCGGGUACAAGUGGACCAUGGAUGAUUUGGAUCUCAGCCUGGAGAAGAAGUCCCAUAUUCCAAGACUCAGGAGCGGUUGUCCUAUAACCUUAAAGGCCCUUUGAAACCGCAAGAAAUGAAGCAUAAGCUAGACAUAUGUACAAACAACAAAGCAUCCAAAACAAUGUCAGUUACAAAACACCUGUGUUUUAUUGUGUGAUGUAAGUUC